AUGUCCAGAAUAGUUAGCUUAUAGGAAAAAAUUGAAAGAUAAUAUAUGGAGCUCUAGCUUGAUGAAAAAGAAGAAAGAGAGCUUUCAGAAUGUUUUGCCUUGUUCGCUGACAGCAACACAAAUUUGAUUAAUCCUCGUGAAAUUAAAAAGGCUUUAGAGACUUUAGGUUUAGAUGAGAGAAACAAGUAUGUCAAAGUUAUGCUUAAUGAUCUUGUGAAGCUUUGUGAUGAUAAAAAAAUUGAUUAACUUAACUAUAAAGAAUUUGUUGUGACUGUUACAGAUAAGCUUGGUGAUAUAAAAACAGAAAAAGGUCAAAAGAAAUUAUUUGAUCUGUAUGAUAAAAAUGGAGAUGGUUUUAUAGAUUGUGAUGAGAUAGAAGAAAUUGCAAAUGAAUUAUGUGAAAAUAUGACAUAAGAGGAUAUAUAAACUAUGAUACAUCAUGUUCAUGUGUUAAACAAGACUUCAAGUAUGGAAGGCUUUACAUUAGAAGAAUUUAAAUAAAUCAUAGCCUCUGCCAAUAAUAGAGAUGGAAGAUGA